AUGCCCUUGGAGCUGAACGCCCAAUACUACAGUCUGAGCACUGGUAGAUUGGCAGUGUCUACGACAAAGAGAUAUCCAUUGAGUUCAUUGUUGUGCCAUUCACUGCAUACAUCGACGCCAUCGGACUAUCUGUCGGUCAUCGGUGGUCAACGGCGAACCAUAACCAACAAAUGUCUACAUAAUUGCAUUGACUUAGCAUUACUCGAGACUAUGGUUUUACAACACUCUCAACACUUACAACACUCUCCCAAUCACUUCCAACACAUCCAACACUCCAAUGAUAAUAUCGGAAGAAAGAGUGAGAGCCCGAGUAGGAAGAGAAGGCGUACUUCGAUGAACACUCAGACAGACAGUCCUUCCCCUAACUGGGGGCUGGGAUUUAACGGCCAUCUCAUUGAUCAGAGUUCUGACCGAAACCUCCGCAGCCGAAGCCGUAACUCUCAGACUCCAAACCCUCGGCGCCCUAUAAACCCAAUGGUGGCCAACAGUGGGCACAUCCCGUCCCCAAACGGCGACCGCUAUAAUGCGAGUCGUCUUCGGCGCAGUCCUUCCGGUCGCCGCUGCUGUCUGUAUGCGCGCACUUCGCCACCAAUUAUCCAAAACAUUCAAUCAAAUCAAAACACUUGUCAGUCAAGUAUUGGUGGUUUCGCUGGUCUGAUGGGGUCGGCGCCCAUACCACCGACGUAUCGGUUCGAUGACUCCGAAUCUCUGCCCAACAGUCAUCACAACCAAAGCCACCAUCAAAGCCAUCAAAACAAUCACCGAAACGCUCACAUAAACCAUCAAAAUAGUCCGCAACCGACUCAGGCCUCCAAUCACACGAAUAUAUCGAAUGCAGUUUAUGCACAACUUCUGAAUGCGAGUCAUCCACAUCACCACAAUCAUCACCACAACCAUCACAACCAUCCAAUUGAUUCUCAUUCCGGAUCUCAUUCAUAUCGCGGCUCGCAUAUGACGGCCAACCCUCACAACACACCUCACAAUCCGAAUAUUGCCUCCCAAUCAGUCUGUAUGUGUUGUCUCCAUCAGUUGCGCUUAGCAUCGCCUCAGGUCUGUCCCAUCGCCCACCACCCCUUCCACCACUCUGUACUCAUUGUUUCGUUUCCCAUUCUUCAGGUGUCCCCUACAGGUAAUGGUCAGGCAUUCGCCUCCCUUUUCGGGGCUCCGGGUGCGCGACAAUACAACUUAGCACAAGCGCCACCCCUACAGAACUUCCCGUUGGGUUUGGCCAACACUUACCGCCGGACCGGGUCUGGCGCUCAGCUCAAUGAGCCGACCCUUAUGCCAGACUUGGACUCUUCCCGCAUUCGCGCCUACAGUCACGCCAAUCACCCGAACCUACCUCUCAAUUUGGCGACACUAGCGGCGGCUGCAUCGCAACAGUACCAACAGCAGCAACACCCGCAUCACUCGCACCCACAUCUGGGCUCAUCCGGAUCGCACACUUCGCAAUACAUUCAGCCCACGUCACCACUGCAUCACAUCUCCAUCCCAGGGGUGACCAACUUUAUGCACGUCGAGAGCCAACAACUCAAUGACUACCUAUGCAUACAAAGUCCUCGCCUUCUGGCCAGACGUGGUAACCAUCGGCGCUCUCAGCGCUCGCAUUCGUUUAACGCACCACAACCGGCACCUCCACCGCCCUAUCAGAACAUAAUGCCAGUCCCACCGACCACUUCGCCUCCAGUGUCUAAUCAAAGUUUCCCGACAAUGUUUCACGUGUUGGCCGCCAUGUUCUCGAACCCACAGCACCAGCACUUGCAGGCGGCCUCCUUUGGUGUCGCAGACUUUGUCACUAAUCCGGAAUCACCCGAAGCCGAGAACUACGAGGCAUUACUGAGUUUAGCCGAACGACUGGGUGAGGCCAAGCCCAGGGGGUUAGCUCGCAGUGACAUCGAGCAGUUGCCGUCGUAUCGCUACAAACCAGAGAACGCUCACGAGUCGGAUCAGACCACGUGUGUGGUGUGUAUGUGUGACUUUGAAGCCAAACAAAACCUCAGAGUUCUUCCCUGCGCUCAUGAAUUCCACGUCCGAUGUGUCGACAAAUGGCUGAAGACCAACAGGACGUGUCCCAUAUGUAGGGGCGACGCCUCGCUUAAUGAUCACGAAUCCGAUUGAUCUGAUUUGAGUGCCAUUUAAUACAAUUUAAUGCAAGUUCUCAUCACAUAAUCACAACUGAAUAAUUGAAACAAAACUUAUUUUUAAUGUACAAUAAUUGAUGUAAUAUUUACUGCAGUUCUGAAUGUUAAUUGUAUGGAUAGUAACCCCACAUAAGUAUUUGUAAUAACCAUUUGGACCUCAGUUUUCAUUUUCAUAGAGUCCUAAUCCCAGUGACAAAUACUUCUUUUAAUUCCUCAUUUCUUUUCCAAAUGUUUUUUAUUUUAUAAUUAAAUUUUCAGUUAAAAGCUUUUGUUAAAAGGAGUAAAUAUUGUGAUUUUAAAGCCUUAUUAUUGAAACCAUGUUUUGGUCUAUAAUGAGAGCGUUUCAUAAAUAUUCAUUCAUUUUAAUGCGAGCUUUUGUUUUAUAGUUAACGCCAAAUAAGACAAUAGAUGUUAAGCCAU